AUUCAGUCCUCCCGCAGUCGUAACCCGCAUUUACAUCAUAUCAACACCCCAAGAACGACAAACCCAGCAGCCUCUGUAACGACGGACGCAUUCAUAUUUAAAGAAAAAAGCUCUACAAAGAUGACACGCGACUCAACAGCCACAUACCUCCACAUGCACGCGUCGCAUCACGCCGACCUCCUCGAACAAUUCACAAACCUAACCUCCUCGGAACUCUCCCCAGAAGACAUCUACAUCCCCCCACACCUACAGCCCGUAAACCCGGAAGACGAAGACGACGUCGUGCCAGACCAGCACGCCGCAUUCGGGAUCCAGCGCGCGACACAGGCCAAGAAGGAGCCGACAUGGCGGGAUCUGGGGCUGGAAGAUUUGCUGAGGAGGGGGCCGGCAGCGGAAGCUAGGAGUGGUGGUGCGGCGGGUGUUGCGAGCGGUGGUGGUGCGGGUGCGAGGGCGAGGGAGGAGCCUGUGAGGUUGGCGUUGGCGAGGCAGCCGGGGCCGAGGUCGGGGGUGAGGGUGGCGCAGAGUGGUGCUGGUGUGAGUAGUGCGGGUGGUAGUGCUGGGAACGGGCUACCGCGCUGAGAGGAAGGGACAUCAGCGAGAUUUGCUGUUUGGUUACAGGAAGAAUGCCGCGGUGUUGAGGGAAACCUAGAGGCGCUGGGAAGAGCAUGUAAGAACGUUGUGUACGCUCUCUCUCGGUUGCUUAGCCCGGCAACCGCAUUUCAGCGACAGUUCCGAGUGUAAGGUCUGACGGAAUAGUCAUUUGUGCGCACCUAGCACUCAAAGCGCAGCACCAACUCUACGAACUGAUUAGAAAGUGGAUGUAUAUCCGUACAAUCACGAGGAAUGGGUACGCUGCCAUCAAGGAUUGGUAUAGUUGUUGGAUCACAAGACAAGCUAGAAAUAUCAAUCUUCAAUCGAUAUAGAUCAUGCAUGCGAAGAAAAAUCGCAGCAGGACGGAAUCGAUCAUGAUUUCACGAAUCAUGUAUAUUCUUAUCAGACAAACUCCUA